CUGGACAAUUGGGGCAGUACUUCCACUACCUCUUGUCGAAGAGACGCGCUUUUUCUAUUGGCUUUUAGUCUACUGACUGACAAACAUCUCUUACCGCUGUCCCCCUCCGUCCUCAAGCUAAAAGACUAUUACUCUAUAGGAGAUAAAACGGAGGACAACUACAAGAUCCAGUCAGCGGACACACUGAAGCUGCUUUCCACAACAGUUUGAGACCUCAUCAUUUCUUAAUGUCCAGGACCAUUGGGAGCAGAGUGGUGCUUGUGAGUGCUUUGCAAGCCUGCAAGCUCACCCCCCUUUCCGCCGCCUCUUGCCACCCUGUGCCGCCCCCCGCCUCGACCUCCACCCCCCCAGCGGCGCGCCCCUGGAGGUCGGGCUGCUGAGGGCGCCGGCAGAGCGCCAUGGUAACCCACAGCAGGUUUGACUCCUUCCCCGUGAUGAGCAGCAGUCCUGUGGAGUGUGGCCGGCGGCUGCCGCACCGCCACCGCUACAAGACCUUCAGCUCGCGCCUGCAGUACCAGCUGGUGCUGUCGGCCGCGCGCAAGCUCCAGGAGAGCGGCUUCUACUGGAGCUCCAUGGGGGGUAAGGAGGCCAGCUCGCUCCUGAACGCCGAGCCGGCCGGCACCUUCCUGGUGCGCGACAGCUCCGACCACCGCCACUUCUUCACGCUCAGCGUCAAGACAGUCACGGGCACCAAGAACCUGCGCAUCCAGUGCGAUGCCUGCUCCUUCUACCUGCAGACCGACCCGUGCGAUGCCCAGAAGGUGCCCCACUUUGACUGCGUGCUCAAGCUCAUCCACCACUACAUGCCCACCACCACCACCACCACCUACCUCUGCCCUCGUCAGCCUCAGUGCCGACAGCUCCUCAGCAGGCGGCGGCGCACAUACUUCAUCUACUCGGGAGGUGAGAAGGUGCCCCUGGAGCUGCUGAGGCCGCUGACCUGCAGCAUGUCCACUCUGCAGCACCUCUGCCGCAAGACUGUCAACGGACACCUGGACAUGUCCACCAAGCGAGACCAGCUGCCCCAGACCUUGCAGGAGUUCCUCGAGGAGUAUGAUGCGCCCAUCUGACCCCUCAGCCCACGCCACAAACACCCUUCAACAGUGUGUCUCCCUCCCCCACUGGCCUCUUCUGAGGAGCAGAACCACAUGGAACACAGCGGUCUCUUCACACGCUUUGGACUUUGCGUUUAGGAGAUGCGUCUUGUGGACAUGUGGACGUUUGCGGUUCCAGCGGGGUGUCACAUGCAGAACAUGUGACCAGUCCCAGGCUGAGGGAGAGAGGGCAGGAGAGAGCAGAGGAUGCUGGGAAUCCCGGCCAUGUGAAGGAGGCGCUAACACCGGGCUUGGUAUUAGCCAUUUUUAAAAGUUCUCUGUGUGUCCGACAGUAUUGUGGGCUGGACGCCAGCCCAACUGUGCCUUUGAGUGCUUAGAGGAGACUGUGUGAAAAAAAGAGAGGAAUAGAGAGCGAUUGUUUUGGCCUUGGAAUGGACAGCACAAAAUAAGUAUUCCUAUGGAAUGUGGCGCAGAAGCCUUCUCGUUGACAGCUGACCAGCUCUGGACACGAAAACACAAAACACAAGGGUGAACAAUUGCCAUUUUUCACUUUUACUUUUCCAGGUUUUUUUUUUCCUUUCAGACGGAGAGAACUUCGUCUUGUUGAAGUUUUUUUCCAGAUGACGAAUGACGUCUGUCACGUUUGCGCAGUGGACUACUCUGGCAUUGUGUCAGGCUCGGAGCUAAGUGUGCUGCUAGGGCUGUCAUCCAGCCCUCACUAUCCAUCAGGAGAAGCUCUCUCACUUUGUUUUAACCUGGUUGACAAUUGGGCUCCUCCACGAAAGAGAGUUUGGCUCUCUGUGUGUGUGUGAGUGUAUAUGUGUGUGUGUGUGUGUGUGAGUGUGUGAGUGUGGAGAAGGGCCCUGGCGGUGACUGCAUGACGUUCACAUUUCCACAGCUGCUUGCCAAGCGGAGCAGCCGCCUGGAUGAGUGGGUGGGGGGGGUCUGUGGAGCAGCCACUCUCCCCACCGUCUGCCCGGAGCCACUCAGAGCCAGAGAGCACAGCCAGCCUCACCUUUACUCCUCCUCCCUCUCUCUCUCUCUCUCUCUCUCUCCCCUCCGUCAUAUCCUCUUAAUUCCUUCCCGUCUUUCCUCUCUUACCAAUAUUUCAGCAUCCAUCUUUUGGUGGAUAAGUCUCUGCCAGAUUCGCCUAGCUCUCUGUCUCUCUCUCUCAAACACACCCACUCUAUCUGUCUGUCUCUCUCUCUCUCUCUCAUUUGUCUCCCUCCUACCAUCUCUCUCUCCCCUCGCUCCCUCUCUCUCUCCCUCUCUCUCUCUCUCUCACUCUCUCCCCUCGCUCCCUCUCUCUCCUGCUCACUGUAGACAUGAGUCUGAAAAUGGCUCCUGAGAAGAAACCCAGUGUUGUUACUUGGAGGAAAUUUUUACCAUGGGCCAAAAUAAAUGAUUAUUUCCUCCCUGGCCCAAAAAGCCAAGCAAAUAUUUAAAAUGCGUCAGCACUGGCAUUGCAGCAGGAGCCGCGAGGGCCGAGUCCACAGACGUAUACUGUGAAAUCUUAGCCAAGCACAGUAUGCAAAAGAAAAUCCUUUACGUACUGCUCUAAUCCUGACAUGGAGGUGGACAUGCCUCUUAAAUAAGCAAGAGACAAGGCUGGUCUCUCUCCUCAGACAAGCAAGGAGGUGUGGGAGCGCAACGAGAAUGACAACACCAAUCACACGUGCAGAGUCUCCAAUCCCUCAUCACAACAAUAACGACAAAUGUGUUUGGUUUUGGCGCAAGCAGAACAAGUGGUCUGCUGUCAACAUGAAUGUAUUCCUCCUAGUCUAUAUAAGGGCUUCUGCCACCUCUUUUAGUUUUCUAGAGUUGUUUUUUUUUGUACUUUUAUGUCAAAUUAAGAUGAUGCAUACAUGUGUCGCAACCAACCAGACAACAUGUUUUUUAUCCUCUUGUCUUUUAUAAAGAUUUCACCCAUCUUAAAGGUGCAGUCUAGUGACUGACAGUGCAAGCUUGAAGAUCUGGAAGUGAAAGCAUUACAUAUGGAAAUGCAGACAGAAACUUUGCACAUAUUUAUAUUUAUAAGAUAUUUCAAUAAUUUAUAUUAAAGAGCACUAUUUUUACAAAAUGUA